AUGAAUGCCGAGUAUGUCCUCUGCAAUUGGAAAGAGCAGAUAUGGCCAGCAAAAGUUUUGUCCAGAUCUGAGAUUUCAUCAGAUGGUAAGAGAAAAAGCACAUUUGCACUAGAAGUCCAAAUCCUUUCACUAGAUGAAAAAGUUACAGUGGAUAGCACAGAAACAAAGAGCCUAAGUGAAUCUGCAAUUGAAGUUAUCAUUUCUUCCCUAACAAUAGAGUCAGAGGUCAGCGUUCCCCCUAGGGAGGAAACAGCUUAUGAAAGAUCCCUAAAAAUGGCACUGGAUAUCCUGAAUGAAAGAGCAAAUUUGAGUCAGGAAGGUAUUUUGAAUGAACAGGAGACCUCUACACUGUCUGAGAAUGUACUGCAAGAGCUGUCUGAGUCCCCCCCUCAUAAAAAGUUUCGGCAGCAUGAAGGGGAUUCUGUGAAUUAUCUUGAAGAAAGUGAAGGCCCAGCAACCCUGGUAGCACCUACAGAAAAUGAUGACUUCCUAUCUGAUGAUAAAUCACAGGUGAACACAGCUAUUGAAGAUGAAAUGGAAACAAAGCCAUCACCAAACUUCUGUUGGAAUGAAACUUAUGCUUCAUUUUCAGAUGAUGAAAAAGAAGACAAGAAAAAGAUUGAUAUCACAGCAAUUAUGUCCACAAUCAAAGAGGAGAAUGUAGAUAUUAAAGAUGAAAAGUUCGUUCCAUUUUUGUCAGAUGACUUUGUGGUGCCCAAAGCCUUGAAAGAAGAGGAGUCAGAUAGCUCCCCAGAGGACCAAGCUGUUUCCUCUCAGUGCUCUAACAUUGCAGAGAAUACUGAUGAUCCUGAAGAGGGUCCCUCAAAUCCAAAUCCAAGCUCAGAUGCCAGCCAGAAUCAGCCUCCUGUGGAAACAGACAUGGAGGCUGAGCCAUCUUGUUCUACUACUUCAGGGGAAUAUCAGGUUUCACUUAGUGCCUCUAACCCUGUCCUGGAUUAUUCACUUUUGAGGAAUGAGGAAGGAAGUCUUCAAAGACUGGAUUUUGAACUUGAGGGUGAAGCUUCAGCUUCAACCAGCUCACUGAGUGUGCAGCAUGUUAGCACUCUUGCAUUAGAGGACACUGACGAAGAAGAAGAGCUUCCACGCUUAGUUCUUGAUUACAAGCCAUGUGCAUUUGAAACUGGGAUCAUUGUCUGGUUUAAAUAUCAAAAAUACCCAUUUUGGCCAGCAGUAGUGAAAAGUAUCAGGCGAAAGGAGAGGAAAGCAAGUGUGAUUUUUGUUGAGGCAGACAUGAGCUCUGAAAAGAAAGGAAUUAGAGUGCCUUUCAGAAGAUUAAAAAAAUAUGACUGUAAAGAGAAGCAAGCACUAGUGGAUAAAGCCAGGGAGGAGUACAGGGAGAGCAUUGAUUGGUGCAUUUCACUGAUUUGUGACUACAGAGUUAGAAUAGGGUGUGGCUCUUUCGUAGGUUCUUUCCUUGAGUAUUUUGCUGCUGACAUCAGUUAUCCAGUUCGGAAAGAAAUCAAGCGAGACACCUUCAGAAAUUUAUUUCCAAAACUGUACAAUGACGAUAGUGGGGAACAAAUGAGUGUAACUUCCCCAGCCAAGAGAUUAGCCUAUCAGAAAAUUCUUCCUGACCGAAUGAAGUCUGCUCGGGACCGAGCCAAUAAGAACCUUGUGGACUUUAUUGUGAAUGCAAAGGGAACAGAAGACCAUCUUCUGGCCAUCUUAAAAGGCAAAAAAAGGUCCAGAUGGCUGAAUUCAUUUUUGCAUGCCAAGAGGUUCAUGCCAUGUAUUGAAACAUACUUUGAAGAUGAAGAUCAGUUGGAUGAGGUGGUGAAAUACCUACAAGAAAUAUACAAGCAAAUAGACCAAAGAAUGCGCACUCGGAUAAAAGAUGACAAAAUUAAAUUUGUCCUGGAAGUUCUUCUGCCAGAAGCAAUUAUUUGCUCCAUUUCUGCUGUUGACGGGUUAGAUUAUGAAGCAGCUGAAGCAAAGUAUCUGAAAGGACCAGCUCUAGGCUGUAGAGAAAGAGAAUUGUUUGAUUCAAAAAUUCUCUUUGAAAAGAGACGAAAGCCGUUACCUAGUACUGGAACUCAGUAA